ACAAACCCCUGGUUAGUACGAUAUACUGUAAUCUGGCAUUAUCGUUCUAAGGCGGUCAUACUUGUUCCGGGGUGUUAUGUCAAACUCCAUAUCUGGAGCAACACGCGUUACCUUAUCUGAAGCCGAGAUAUGCCUUCGCGCCAUCUGAGCUCAGAUGACGAUCCGUAGCUAACCUACCUGGGUAGUUGUAGUCAGCAAGGGGAUUUCUUUUUUUUUAAACAAUAGAUAUCCGCACAGUCCCGCUUCAUGUGGUAAUGAAGUUCACCGGGUUAGGUUUAUGGAUUGGCAAGGGAUAAUCUGGCCAAUAUACUGAGAGAUGAGCAACAACUCGUCAGGGCUCGAUGACCCUAAGACGGCUACAUUGCACAAUGUUGCGACAUCUACCUAUGCAGAAGCGCCCGAGUAUGGCACUUUCCGAACACCUGGGCGCGAUGACUACGACCCUGACGUGAACAAUGAUCUGGUCACGGUCACUGAGGACCGCGACCUCAAGCGUGGACUGGCCCAGCGUCACUUGUCCAUGCUCGGCAUUGCCGGAGCUAUCGGAACCGGUCUCUUCCUUGGCCUCGGGAGUGCUGUUCAGACAGCAGGGCCUCUUGGUGCUUUGCUCGGCUACUUCACCGUCGGGCUUGUUGUAUGCGCUGUGCAAUUCGCGCUCGGCGAGGUGUCUGCUUUACUGCCUGUUACCGGUUCUUUCGUCAGGCAUACUGAGUUUCUCGUGGAUCCAGCUUUAGGCUUUGCCAUUGGCUGGAAUCUAGUGUACGGCAACCUGUUAUCCAUCCCAUCCGAAAUUACGGCUAUCUGUGUGCUCUUUCAGUUCUGGACGGACUUAAGUCCGGCGAUUUUCAUAGUCAUUUUCAUCGUCUUGACUGUUGUUGUCGGGAUAGCCUUCAUUCGGGUGUACGGGGAGAUUGAGUUCAUAUUUGCCAUAUUGAAGAUUCUCCUCGUCGUCUUUUUGAUCAUUCUAGGAUUGGUAAUCGAUUUGGGUGGCAUUCCCGGCACACCGGCCAUCGGAGGUAAAUUCUGGCGAGACCCAGGGCCUUUCGUCGAGCAUAUUGCUACUGGAGACUGGGGCAAGUUCCUCGGCUACUGGAGUGUUAUGACGGGCGCUGUGUUCUCCUUUGCCGGCGUUGAGUCCCUCGCUAUGGCUGCCGCCGAGACCAAGAAUCCCCGACGCGCUAUACCUGCAGCCUGCAAGCGAGUAUUCUUUAGAAUCGUUAUCUUUUACGUACUCGCCAUCGUGGUAGUUGGCCUGCUAGUUGCGAGCAACGAUGAGCGCCUUAAUGACUCAUCUAGCACUGCUGCACAAAGUCCGUUCGUCAUUGCUGCUUCGGCAGCUGGUAUUCCCGCGAUCCCCUCCGUCGUCAAUGCGAUUGUGAUCACAUCAGCAUGGUCAUCAUCUAAUCAAGGUCUCCUCGCUGGAACACGUGUUCUAUAUGGCUUGGCCCUCAAGAAGCAGGCCCCGUCAAUAUUUCUACGCACAACAUCGUGGGGCGUCCCAUACGUUUGUGUGCUGUUCUUCGUGCCAUUCAUGUUUCUGAGCUUCUUGACCCUGUCAAAUGCCGCGCUAACCGUAUUCUUCUGGUUUGUGUCUUUGACCGCGGCUGGGGUGCUUGUUUCGUGGUCAGCGAUUCUACUUAAUCACAUCAGACUAAAGUUGGCGAUGAAGCAGCAAGGUAUCCCGACAGAGUCGCUCCCGUGGCAUAAUUCAUGGACCUUGUAUAGUUCUUACGCCGGACUUUUCAUGUGUCUGCUUAUCCUAUUGACAGGUGGAUACGAAGUUUUCACCACGGGAAACUGGGAUGCACAGUCAUUCGUGUCGUCGUACUUGGACAUUCCUCUGGUACUCGCAGCGUAUCUGAUAUGGAAGCUGCUGAAAAAGACCAAGAUAGUUUCUCUGUCUGAUAUUCCGCUGGAGGAAGCCUUCAAACAGGCUGAACAGGUCCCAGAUGAUGAACCACCCGUCAAGAAGAGAAGCAAAACACGUUGGUUUAGUUGGAUUUGGGACUAGUUUCUCGUUCUCUUACAUACAUCCUUUUUUUAAUCAUCUUCUCCGAUACCCUUUAAUUAGCGUGGUAACUGAGUCAUAGACCACCACAUGCAAUCAAGCUUGUUGGCAUCCAAUACCACAGUGCUUCAGUAGAAGAUUCACUAUUGUCGCCAGAUCUCAUACUCUUUACAUUGGGCACAUUGGCAUUACUUACGUUCUUUAUAUAAAAUAUGUGGUUAAGUCUAAGAGCAUAGAAUCCCGGAGGGACGCCUCAUAUCCUCCAUACGAAACGUGCGCAGAUACCCAGUCACCGUAUAAUAUGCGGGCCCUUUUGGGCUUAACGCAAGACUUAAGCAUGAGUGGAUGAAGCUAGGACUUUACCCGCGCCGAGCCGC